UGUUCAUCUAAAAUGGAUAUUAGUAAAAACACUUUUAGGUUUAUAAUUCUUCUAGCAACGUGCGCAUUAUUGGUUUUUGCUGAUUACAGGAAUUCGCUGAGGAUAUGUAAAAUAGAGUGUGUAAUAAGUCCAUUGGGUCGCCUACGCGUGGUUAAUGAAAGUUGCACAAUUAAAGCUAUGAGUCGAUAUCGAACUGCUAUAAAUGCUGACGCAUAUCUGCUAGAGCCAUUUGACGAUGUUUUGAUCAAUAUGCAAAUUUUCAAAAAGAACAGCGUUACGUACAUACCGUACCUUGUCAAUAUAACUGUUAACAUUUGCAAAUUUCUGGGUGGUGACAGUGUUGGUGCAGCUGGUUUCUACACCCGAUUCAUGAUAGGCUGGGUUAAUAAAUACUCAAAUGUAAAUCACAGUUGCCCAUAUUCGGGCCUCCUUUGGGUGAGAAAUUUGGAGCCAUUUGCUGAUAAGAUUCCAGUUUUUGCUCCCAUCGGUGACUAUCGAUUGGACUUGCAUUUCUACCAAAGUUCGCUCAAAAACUUGCUGGCAACUGUUCGUGGUUAUGGAACAAUUAAAUUGAAGCCUUACAUGGAAUAAAUUCUAGAAUGAUUGCAAGUCAAAUAAUCAACGAUUAACUAUGCAGAAUGAUACCAUGAUGUGUAAAACAUAACAAAGCAAAAACAAAA